GUUUUUGACGUCACUAAACGUCAGUUAGUCUCCGGAAGAUCGAGUUUCGUCCCGUUUUUGAGGCUAACGAAGCUAACAGACGCAGCUAAUGCGGCUCCAACAGGGAGCUAACGAGGCUAGCCAACUUCAGCUGGUGUUCUCAGGUAAAGUCACCAACCGACCACCGCUGCUCUCUGUCGGACACAGCGGGGAUGAGCUGCCCGGUGAAACUCCAGGCUCUGCCGUCCGGUGUGUUUGAAGAGGUGUUCACCCCGGAGAAUGUGAGAGGACGAAACUCUCUCACUCCACUGAGUUUCCCCAAAUCCAGAUCAUCCCUGUGGGACAGCAGCCCCGCUGGAGAGAAGCUCCACCUCCAGCUCUGCUCACACAGGAAGCCUCGGGUGGUGCUGUUAGAGAAAGCUCUGCGUCUGGCUCAGCGCCAUGUCCGUCACAGCAACAAGCCCCGCCUCCACUGUUUCUUCCUGGGAUCAGUGUCGGUGGACUCAGAUGAGGAGGGGCUCACUGUCACUCUGGACCGAUUCGAUCCAGGUCGGGACCAGACCGGAUCCUUGGGCAGAGUUCCCUCUGCUCUGCUGCCUGGAGACAUCCUGGUUCCCUGUUUGUUCUCCACUCACACUGAGACAACACCUGACGCUGUUGUCCAAUCAGAGGCUGAGCUCCAUCACUGCUUCAAGGUGCUGCAGCAGUUUGUGAGCAGCAGGCAGACUCUGGAUCUGUCUCAGCUGUUAAAGGUCAGAGGUCGUGUGGUCUGCUCUCCGCAGUCUGACGCCACCGUGUUCGGUCUCAGCUGGGUGGCCGUCUGUCCGUCUGUCGGCGUGGACGUCCAGCCGGUCCGAGCCGUUCCCGUCAUCCCCACCGCUCUGCUGAGGACUCUGACCAGCGUCAGCCGGCCGCUGCAGCACGCCGCCAACCGACAGAGAGGGUUUCUGACCAUGGAUCAGACCAGGAAACUGCUCCUGCUGCUGGAGUCUGAUCCUAAAGCCUCUAACCUGCCGCUGGUCGGACUAUGGCUGAGUGGAGUCACACACAUCUACAACCCUCAGGUGUUGGCCUGGUGUCUGAGGUUCCUGUUUAGCUCCGCCCUCCAGGACAGAGUUCUGUCAGAGAGUGGGUGCUUCCUCCUCGUCCUCUUCGCCUCCACUCACCGAGCUCCUCAGUUCUUCCAGUGCCGAGCACUGGGACUGGGACCGGGACCAGCACUACAGCUGGACUGUGACCUGCUGACCGCCUUCCAGUCUGUCACACUCUACCAGGUGGCGUCGGUGGACGGUCAGACUCUGCAGUGUGAGCUGGGCUCAGAAGAUCGCAGCAGACAGACGGAGGUCUUCAGAGAGGCCCAGAGAUCCUUCAGCAGCGCCCCCCCACCAGCUGCCGGUGUCAGUGAUCAGGACUCUGGAGUCGAAGAUGAAGACCUUUCUCCACGACCUUCCCCGAGUCCUCACCCCCCAGCUCAGCAGACUCGGAGAGUCCAGCCGUCUGUUCCUGAACUCUCUCUGCUGAUUGACAGCAGCUUUACCUCCAAUCACAACGCUUGGCAGGACCCUGGCUCCACCCACAGACCUCCUCCACCUCCUGCUGCUGACAGGAAGUCUGGUCCUCCAGCAGGAAUCUCUUCCUCAGCUCCCAGACCCGUUCCUCCUCACCUCCACAGCACCCCCAACUCCAACCUGCAGCAGCCGUGCUCCUGCUGCUCCCCCAACACCUACACCUGCACCUCCAUCUUCUCCUCCCCUCGACACCUUCCUGCUCUUCCACAGGCUAACCUUCACCCUUGUGGUGACUCCCCCUCUCCCCACCCCUCCCAUCCAGCAGACCCUGGCUCCCCCCCCUGGCUCCCCCCUCCCUCCUGUGUGAAUCAGCAGGGCGGAGUUGCACCAUCUGACACCUACCAGCUCCUCCUCCAUCAGGACCGACAGCUCCGCCUCCUGCAGGCUCAGGUUCAGAUGCUGCUGGAGGCUCAGGUGAAGCUUCAGUCCUCCAGUCAGACCCCCAGGAGCAUGGCCAGCAUCGCUGUGGGGACAGGUGCCAGUCUGUUCUGGGGGGAACCUGUCCAGACCCUUCCUCAUCAGGAAGUACAAGCCCCUCCCCCCUCAUCCAAACUUCCCUCUUCCAACUCCCCCAGCCCCCCCCCCUCCCUCAAACACUCCUCCUCACAUGACUUGUCUGUCAUCAGGCCUGUGGGCGGGGCUGAGAACGGUGACAUCACACAACAGGUGGCUCCCUGCUCCCCUUCUGGUCAGCACAGCCUCAGUGGUCUACACAGUCCAGUUCUGGGAGAGAGUGCGAGCAUGUACAGACCAGCAGAGGAGCAGCAGAGCUUCUACACCAACCUCAUGACUCAGCUGACCAGUCGUCUGCAGGAGUCAGACAGCACACAUGAAGUGGAUGAGUCCAGGAGGAGGAGUCUGUCUUUGGUUUCUGGCCGCUCCAAGGCCUCCUCCUCCGCCUCCUCCUCAUCCUCCUCCUCCACCAGGAGGAAGCAGCAGAGUCCAGGAGGAGACCCUGUGGUCAGUGCCACUCUGAGGCAGCUACAGCAGCUCGGAGUCGACGUAGACGAAGAUCUGACAGAGUCUGACAGAACCCGGGUCAGGACUGUGGAGAGCGCCAGCACUCUGGCGAGCAUCAACCCGGCUGCCGUCGUGUCCAGACUGAGCGUGUCUGAUCCGACCGCCAGCGCUCUGUUCACAGGAGGCAGCGUGGAUCUGAGCCUGGAGGCCAACGCCAUCGCCCUGCGUUACCUGAGCGACUCUCAGCUCAGCAGGUUGUCUCUGGGAGGCCAUGCCCCCCGCCCCGAGCCCGCCUCCUCCGGUGACUCCCUGCUGUCGCCUAGCAACAUGUCUCUGGCCACCAGGAAGUAUAUGAGGAGGUAUGGCCUGAUCGAGGAGGAGGACGGUGAGGAGGAAGAGGAGGAGGAGCAGGAGCAGGGGAAGGUCGGAGGUCAGGAGGCUUAUACUCGUCAGCCGCUGACAGAAGCUCUGAACGUGAAGCUCCUCCCACAGAGUCAGCUGAUCAGAGACCUGCGGCCAAAGAUGCAGGUGUUAACGGGAAACACCAAACCGAGCGCCGCUGCCAAGGAGAACUGUUCCAGCAGGCGGCCAUCUUUAGUGAGGGCAAGCAGCCGCCAGACGGAGGGGUCAGUGGGAAACAUCCUGGACCUGAGCCGCCUGAGACAGCUGCCCAAACUCUUCUGACUCCACAACACCAGCUGACUUUAAAACAGUCAGACUGUAAAUGGAGUCUGGAUCAGCUCCUGGAACAUUUUAAAACUGUCAUAUUUUAAAUGGAGUCUUGUGUGUCUGCAGCACUUCUGGUCUGGAAUCAGUCUGCUGGUCUGACUCGGGUUCUGGUUUUCAUCUGCCAUCUUUGGUCAGUUGGAGGGUUUGGUGUGAAACAUCUGUCCAGCUGCUGUCAGCUGGAACCAGAACCUGAAAACCAGACCAGAUGGAGGACCAGUAUGAAGUAUUGUAACGUGUAUUGUGGUCUGUCAUGGUCAGACUGGUUUUACUGGAAGCCUGUUGCCUUUAGUUCUUUUGCUGUCAGUCCUUUUAUCACAGGUGUGUGUG